ACCAUGGCCAUUUCAGUGUCUCCUGCAUGAGUUUUGAAUAUGGAGACAAUUCAUCACCAGAGCCACGGCCACGAGUUGACUUUACAGGAGGAGAAUUUUUACCACUACUGCGAUGGUUGCUGCAGUGGGUGCUUUGAAGCCAUCAGCGACGGUUCUCCGGCCUAUGUUUGUGAAGCUUGCAGGUUUGGUCUUCACAAACCAUGCGCCGAAUUGCCCACCGAGAUUUCGCAUCCUCUUCACUCUCAACACCCUUUGACCUUACUUUCCCACCCCUACCCUCCUCUCCUCUGUGUUCGAUGUAGAGAUUUGUACUGCAACUUCGGUUUCAGUUGCAGCCUCUGCUCUUUCAAUCUUGAUUUAAAGUGCGCUUUGUUAAAAGAUGAUUCUCUUUCCCCUCAUGAGGUCCUGGAGAGAGAUAAAAAAGCCACCAUCAGACAUUUCUGCCACAAGCAUGAGCUGAAGCUCUGCAAUGUAUCGGGAUGCAGUUCGAGUUGCCAUUGUUGCGAAUAUGGCAUUUCUGAUUCGGCAUAUUAUUGUCGUGAUUGUGAGUUCACGAUUCAUGAAUCUUGUUCGGAGAUUCCUCAAUGUGUUGAACAACACCCACUUCAUCCCCAACACCGACUUCGCUUUUGUGAUAUUUAUGAGGAAUUUCAAGAAAAGCACAACCCUUGUGAUGCUUGUGGUUAUUUGAUUCAGGGAUUCAGCCUAAUGUGCGGAUCUUGUCAAUGUUUCUUUCAUGUUCCUUGCGUUGAAGCAACUCCACGCUCAUUGAAACAUAAGUGCCACAGGCAUAAUCUGUUUUAUUUCAAGGAUGUGAAUGCGGAAACAUGGUUUUGUGAUUGCUGUAACCUUUAUUUAUCUGGGUCUUAUUAUGGCUGUGUGAGUUGUGGGAUCAGGCUACAUCUCCAAUGCGUACCUAUACCCAAAAUUGUGGAGCAUAAAUGUCACUGGCAUCCCCUUACACUUGUAGAUUCAAUUGUAGAAGAUGAUUAUUCAAAAGGCUGUUAUUGUGAUGUUUGUAAUAGACCACUGUAUCUGAAGCAUCAUGUUUAUAGAUGUGAGAAAUGCCGCUUUUUUGCUCAUAUUGAAUGCAUCGUCUCUGAGGAUGACACUUCAUUGGAGAUACUGUCAUCCUUAAAUCUUGGGUUUGAAGAUAAAGCAGAGCAAUGUAAUGAUAGAAAGGAGAAUAUUGAUGACACAGAUGGAAACAGGAUUGUGGCAAUUGAGGACGAGAGUGAUAAAACAGAAGAGAGUGAGGAAGUGCAGGAGGCAGAUGCAGAUGCAGAAAAGGAACUUAAUGUGAUGCAAAAGACUGUAGCCUAGGCCUAGCUGUAUUCGACAAAAGAAUAAUAUGCAAAAGACUGGAGGUUUUAGGUUUUAGCUUAAUGGAAAAUGUUUCGAUAAAGAUGGAGGCAUUAGCUUCAGAAUUUGGGGCUGCAAGAAAAGAUGUUCCAUCAAGUUGAGACCUCUAUCUUGAUUCUGGGAAGAAGAUUCAUGCAUCAAAUUACUUCACACUUGGUUUACUGGCACUGUCCAGGGGAUCUCACCAGGACAGGAGAAAUGGGAAGUGUCACGAAAUAAAGCUCUCUAACCUCAAUUUCUAUUGUUUAUUUGAUUAGUUGGUUCCUUUCACUUUGACAUGGGUAGUUGCUCCUUAUAUUGCUUAUGUUGGAUGAGUAAUCUCUGAGGUAAGACUAUAUUGACAGCCACUAUGGAAUGCUAGAAUGAUAUGACUCUAAAGCAAAAUUUGUGAAUUACCUGUUCUUCUUGAGCACAUAUUUCCCAGAUUUCAUUCUCUAAACUUGGUUCAUGUUUGUUCCAUCUCUGGAUGACAAUUCACUGGAGAUAACAAGCAGAUGUAACGACAAAUACAAAGCAGAGUAACAUAUUUGUAAUGUGGCUGCCGAUAAUGCAACUGCGGAUGCGGGAGAUGAAGCGCAAGAGUCUGGUGCAGAAGAAUGUAGCUUGACUGAAUUAGAUGAAAGUAUCAUAAAUUUUGGGAAAAGAUGGAGGUACUAGCUUUAUAUCUCAAAGGAGCCUACAGCAAAAACGUGCCCACAAGCUACUUCCUUGAUCUUGAUUUUGGUAUUAAAUUUUCUUGGAGCUACUUCUGCAUCAAUUUUAUUCACAUUUGGAAUAUGUGUAUGAAUAUACUCUUUAUGUUGAAUGAAUUUAUUAUUUGAGUUCAUAUCUUCAAAUUUUGGUGAUAUAGAACAGUACUGCUUCAAUUCUGCCCUUGAA